AUGUGGAGAGAAGCCACUGCUUGUCGAGCCGGAUGUUUGCUGGCUCUGUGCAUUCUGGAAUCUCAAGGACGUUUCCAAAGCUUGCAGGGCGGCUGCGAGACGCUGGACUUUGAGGAAGAUGCCUGGCCUGCUUUUGCCGCUGUUCAGCUUACGGCAUCGCUUCGUCGCAGCUCCGAAGUCAGUGCUUCCAGUGCGGAUCUGCUGGAACCCAAGUGCCUGCUGGCAGCACCGGGGCUGUCGGCAGCCAUCCACCGCUUCCUUGGCAAGCUUGAUCGCAGUGUGCCCCAUGCCACUGCGCCUGCUUCGCCCACUGAGCGCGUGCAGGCCGUGGAGGUGGAGGCUGGCGAGGCGGCUCUUGCCGAGGCUGCCGCAAGGGCCGGCUGCAAUCUGGCGAGCCUGGAAGCGACGCAGAACAGUGCCGUCUCCUCCGCAUCCCGCAGCCUGAUCAGCUUGGUGGACUCGCUCGGGGACCUGCGCCUGAUGCCGUCGAGUAGAGAAGCAACGCAGGAGGCUACGAACACCACCUUCUUCUACGAAAGCGUGGACCAGGAAUCGGGCCGCAUCGGCACCGGCAUGCUUGGGCAGGGCUGUGGUGACGGGAGCGUUUCUGAGGUGGCCAUCACAGUCACACAAGAGGCACCCUUCCUGUGGACCAACCUGACCGGCGCGGGCAUGAGCUUCGAGGUUGGUCCGCCUUGCGCCGGCACCUACCUGAUCUCGGGCAAGAUGUGGCCUACGAAGGCGACGGCCGAGGGGAUCUCAGGCAAGAUCCGUGCGGGCUUCGUGAACCUCCGGUCCACCAUGACUGGCACCUGGAGUACAGGGCCCUCGGGCCUGGAUGGGAACCUGACGGUGGCUUUUCAGGAGCUUUUGGACGUGGAGUGGACCUGGAAGCCGGAGCACUGA